CUAUCUUUCUUCAAGAAUCACUCUUUAUAUUUUGAACCAAAACUGGUUUCUUCUUGAGCCUCUUCUAUUCUUUCCUGUUUGAACUUUUGUUGUGUCACUAUAUCUUUAAUUUGGAUAAUUUAGUGUGAGAAAAAUGUUGAGGUUGAUAACAGGAAGACCAGGUCCAAGUGGAUUUGGAUCAGCUUCUACUGCUGAGCAGGUCACUCAUGGCAUUGAUGGCGCCAAUCUCACAGCCAUUGUUACAGGAGGUGCAAGUGGAGUUGGUUUGGAAACUGCCAGAGUUUUAGCAAUGAGGAAUGUUCAUGUCAUUAUUGCAGCAAGAAAUAUGGAGGCUGCAAAUGAAGCAAAACAGCUUAUUCUCAAGGACAAUAAAACUGCUCGUGUCGAUAUUGAGAAACUUGACCUGAGCUCAAUUAGAUCUGUCAAGGCAUUUGUUGAUAACUUCAAAGCACUUAACCUUCCUCUCAACAUCUUAAUAAAUAAUGCAGGUGUCAUGUUCUGUCCAUUUCAGCUUUCAGAAGAUGGUAUAGAGAUGCAAUUCGCGACAAAUCAUCUAGGUCACUUCUACUUGACUAAUCUACUUCUAGACAAAAUGAAGGAAACAGCAAAAGCUACUGGUGUUCAGGGUAUGAUUGUGAACUUGUCAUCGCUAGCUCACCUUUUCACUUAUAAAGAAGGAAUACAAUUUGACAAAAUCAAUGACAAGAGCAGCUAUCAUGACAAAAAAGCAUAUAGUCAAUCCAAAUUAGCCAAUAUUUUACAUGCCAAUGAGCUUUCUCGCCGCUUACAGGAAGAGGGAGCAAAUAUAACUGUCAACUCAGUGCAUCCAGGUUUAAUAAUGACAAAUCUCAUGAGACAUUCUGUCUUUAUGAUGAAUAUCAUAAGGGCUUUCUCUAGUUUCCUAUGGAAGAGUGUCCCUCAGGGGGCAGCUACAACUUGCUAUGUUGCUCUGCAUCCAGGCCUGAAGGGGGUCACUGGAAAGUUCUUCAACGAUUGCAACGAGUACGAGCCAAGCAAGCUAGCACUAGACGAAGCUUUAGCACGUAAGCUUUGGGAUUUCAGCAACCACUUGAUCAAUGCAGCUCUAAAGACUUGAGCAGCUCUAAAGACUUGAUUAGUUAAGUGCAGUUCCUCAGAAACUAAGCCUGGAAAGAAGAUGUUAUUUCAUUCAUAUUUAUUGAAACUGUUAUAGAAAUGUGUUUGAGUUGAGCU